AUGACGAUCAAAUACCUCAUCCUGCUCUCGCGGCAGGGCAAAGUGCGCCUGGCCAAGUGGUUCACCACGCUCGCGCCCAAAGACAAGGCCAAGAUCGUCAAAGACGUCUCGCAGCUCGUCCUCGCGCGCCGCACGCGCAUGUGCAACUUCCUCGAGUACAAAGACACCAAGAUCGUAUAUCGCCGCUACGCCUCGCUCUUCUUCAUCGCCGGCUGCGACUCGACCGACAAUGAGCUCAUCACCCUCGAGAUUGUCCAUCGCUACGUCGAGCAGAUGGACAAGUACUACGGCAACGUGUGCGAGCUCGACAUCAUCUUCAACUUCCAAAAGGCCUACUUCAUCCUCGACGAGCUGCUGCUGGCCGGCGAGAUGCAGGAGAGCAGCAAGAAGAACGUGCUGCGCUGCAUAGGGCAGCAGGACAGCCUGGAGGACAUGGAGGUGAGCGAGAUUGGCCCUUGAGCUUCGUCCUCCCACGCGCCCAGAGCGCCAUGUGGCUGACACGCCCUCCGCUGUCCAGGCCGAGGACGACAUCCACUCGAAGAUCAUGUAG